AUGGCCAAUGCCGGCCGAGUCUGGAUCAGAUCCCUCCCCAAACAAGGUGCAACCAUUUCGAUCUGCGUAGAUGGGGGGUCGAAGAGGGUCUGGUCCAAGAAGCUAGAUAGGUGCGUGAGAAGGACAAGGAGUUUGGCUACGUACGCUAGGGUGGACAGAGAGACACAGACAAGUGUCGUCCUCGCUCCGGAAAUAAAAAAGAUACCAAGGCCCAACUUGCGUUGA